UUAGACGGGGUGCAACUUUGUUGUUUUGUUGCGCGUGUGGAAGGCAUCAGUUUUAAUAGCGAGCGGAAUGGCAUUAAAGCUGGCUUAUGUAAAUCACAAUAUAACCAAUUUAAGCAACUGACUGACAGCUGGCGCUAAUCAGCCACAGUCGGACGAUGGGCAUUAGAGUGUUUCCGAAUGGCAGUCGGACAAGCAGCCGCUGGAGGAAUAUCGUGGACGAUGUUGCUGUUGCUGCUGAUUCCCCUUAAUUGGCUGCUUGGCGUGGGAGGGCCUUGGGGCUGGCAACAUGGUGCACUCUGCACUGGAUAUCGACAAGCCUGUUGGCGUGGGAUUAGCUGCUGUGUGCGGACAAUGCAAAACCCACUCGCAGGUCACCCACAAUCCGCUGGCGGCAACGACGCGUCGAGCUACCUGACCCUAUUUACGCUGCAACGGUUACGAUAUAUUUCCCCAAUCCGCCUUCAACUGCAGCAGUUCGCGGCUCGAAACCCUUCGAGGCUGAAGAGCUGCCCAGGCGCCACACGUUGCAGGUGGCGGCCUCAUCUGUUUUUUGCCUGGAUGCACAAUGCCUCUAGCUGGGCAGGCAAGUGGCCAACCGCAAACAGCUGGAACCUUUGUUUGCGCUUCGGACAUCAACGGGUGCCAUUAUGUGAAAUAUGUAGAUGUACAUCGAAUUUCGAUUGCUUUAAAUAUUUUUGGCCAAUUUGAUGCUAUUUUUCAUUAAAUUUCUUGAAUAUGAACAGCUGGCCUUGACAAUAGCUGAAACUGAGAACUGUCGAAAAAGUUGGAAAAUAUGUUUAACUGGCGCUUUUGUCUUCAAAUCUUGCUAUUUAUUUUAAUUGUGUUCUGGGCUGGUAUUUGCAUUAAGCUGUCGUAUGAUGUUCUAAAGAAGCAUCCAGGUGAGCAUCGUAAAGGAACAGACCGAACUGAGUUGGGUCAGCAACUGUAUCCAUACGAUUUGAUGGGCGGCCGAGCGUCUGCUCUGCGCCAGCGCAACGCACUCUUGCGCCGCGAGGGCGUAUUCGACAAUGGCUACAGCAGCCGCCUGGUGGAUCUGGUCUAUCGCACCGCCAUGAAGAGCACCAACGACCGCAGGCGGCAGGUCGAGUUUGAGCAGAGUGUGGCAGCCGCACGACAGAUUAUCGAACUGGCCGGCGCGGCGGCAGACGCCGAACGCAUGGCCCACAUUCGCCUGGUCAGCGGCGAAGACUCGGUGCCCAUCAAUGCGCGGGGAGCCAUAGAUGCGGCAGAGCUCGUCGCCGCUGAUGACUACAACCUGGCGCAUUAUACGAGACAAAAGUCAAAAAAGACGUGAACAGACGUCGUUACUAAGUCUUGAUUUAAGGAGUUGG